GCAUCCACCGUGAUCCCAGAACUCCAUAGACCGAUCAGGGGACUGUCGGAGGGACUCCGCCACUCAACCCUGCCACCCUCCGACUCCCGCACUGGAAUAUAGGGCCUGAAGGCCGCCCACAUGAGAAAGCCCUCCAGCCUGCAUAGCUUCCCUGUGGGAGCUGACAUUCUCGACGCGGACGAGGCCAGGGAUGAGGUGGACGAGGAGAUCCACCGCAACGAGGAUGUGUCCAUCAAGGUGACCCAGAGCCCCGGCUUUCUGUGCCACAUCGAGGCCUCCGCCGCCUUCCGCAUGCCGGCACACACCCUGUAUCGUCAGGUCAUAACCCACCCGGAAAACUCAAAAAUCUUUCGCCACAUGGAUCGCUGUUCUUUUCGUCGAGUGCUGCACGACGACGGCCACGGCCGCCGCACGGUCAAGGUGGCGCACGAGGCCUCCUGGCGCUUCCUGUGGCUCAAGGGCACCUUCACCACCAAGCUGGAUGUGGAGGAGGACGACAACGCCCUGACCAUGGACUUCAGGCUGGACCCCUCGGGGGGCGGCAUCAUGAAGCGGUUCCACGGGCGCUGGACCAUAAGGCCGCACCCCAAGGACCCGCAGCAUGCCAGCCUGUCCACGCUGGACCAGGACCUGGCGCUGGGCGUGUACAUGCCUCCCCCGCUGUACCGCAUCCUCAAGCGCAUCUGCUGCAACCAAACGAAGCGUAUCUUCGAAGAUGUGCAGAAGGAGGCAGAGAAUAUAAACAAGGGCAAGCCCACACUGUGCCCCUGGGAGGAGGUGCGAGACAAGCAGUUUGGGCAGGAUGAGGAUGAGGCGGGAGCGGCAGCUGUGCAGCCUGCCGCCGCUGAGUCGCGCCUGGUAGCGGCUGCCGAGGAGGCAGGCGCAGAGGAGACUGAGCCAGGCACAGAGGCUGCCAGCCUGGCGCUCGGCAGCCUGGAUCUGAAGCAGAGCUAGAAUAGAGGCCAGAUGUAGCUGUAUAGUUUAGUGGAUCCAUCCAUGAGAUGCAUUGAAUCGGGUGGAGUUGAGCCUAGUUCACCGAUGCACGCCACCUGUCCGCUCUGGCCUGCAGUCGCAGCCGCGCCCACCUGCGCCCCUCCAUUGAGCCUGGAACAGCAUGCACCGCAGCUUUUCUGAAUUCAUCCGCCCUUUCCAAUGAGGCCAUUGACCUCUUUUCAUUUAGCUUGAGCUGCUUCCCUUGCCACGCCGAGCGCUGCUCAGGACGCCUUCCCUGUGAUGUACCUUGACUGUACCCUCCAUUUUUUCUUCUUUGUCACAUGCUUCAUCUCCUACUGCUCCCCCAGGAGCCCUGCUCUCCUUGCACAGUGCGCACAGCCUGCUUUGAUUUCAGUUUGCACAGGCAUUUGAUUGAAACACCCGUCGGCGCGUUAAGGAAGUGAAGGGG